AUGGCUUCUUUGGAGGGUAGUGCUCAGCUUCUGAGCGCAACUCCCUUUUCUAAGAUCGAUGUUCGGAGUUCUGGUGGCCCGUCAUCGCUUCCGGCGCAAGAUGCUUCGAGUUGCAUCCGUACUAUACAGCAUUUAUUCGCUGCGCCUGUUGCCCAUAGGGAACAAGGGCCAUCGCCCAAGCGGCGCAAAUCUGGAAAUGGCAAUGCUAUUCCUGUACGUCCGCAGGCGGACUUGGAUAUGAAAGAUAGCAUUGUCUUGGCCAAAGUAUCUAUUGAUUUGGUCGGUGGGCUGGUCGACUCUCGUGAUGCUCAACUAACAUGUAUGCAGAACAUGCCUACCCCUUCGCAGGAUUCCAUAGAAAUUACGUACACCUCGAACGCGUCGCAAGGACCCAUACAACUAGAACUUGAAUCCUGCCAGAGAGACCACGCAAGAGCGGCUUUGCAAGUGAGACUUUGGAACGCGGUCAACGAGACGGGUAUCGACCUGGUCGCCACAACCUCUGUUCCUUUCAUAGACUCGAUCAUUACCCACCUACGAACCGCCACUACACUUUCGGUUAUGCGUCAGGGCAAGAAGUCCAAACCUGUGACUCGGGCUGCCUUCUGUCGCUGUCAACUGUACCCACCCGCGAAUGGACGCAGUUUAUACAAGUUGGUAGUGGAGAUACGGUGGACCCUGGGCAUAUCGGUGGUUGAGGAUCCAGAGGUUCGGGGUCAUUAUAUGAAUGAGGACCUGAAGCUCCUCUCGACCUACAUGAGUGACGCGGCUGCAAAAGGCGACAAGUCAUGGACCCUGUCCGAUUUCUACGAUUCAGUACAUGUACCACCGGCGGACAUAGAGGUCUCUCAGCGUAUCAAACAGAGUUUGGUCGAUACCAGGCUUCUGCCUUUCCAAGAGAGGACUGUUGAUUGGCUCUUGCGUCGCGAAGGUGUGACAUUCUCAUCUUCUGGUUUGCUGAAGCCUUUUUUCAACACUUCGCCACCAGCAUCAUUUAGGCAGACGCAAGACGCGACAGGGGUACAGUGCUACGUCAGUCAGCUGCGCGGCACUAUAGUCACAAAUUUAGAUGCUGUCAAGGGCGACACUCUGCAGUCACUGCGCGGCGGUAUACUCGCCGAAGAGAUGGGCUUAGGUAAAACUGUUGAGCUGAUCGCGCUCGUAUCGCACCACAAGCGGGAUGUUCCAGAGGGUAACAUCUACGACACAUAUACUGGGGCUCAGGUUAGACCCUCAGGUGCUACGUUGAUUAUCACCCCUCCUUCGAUUCUGGACCAGUGGGUGAGCGAAAUACAUGCCCACGCUCCGGAUCUCAAAGUCUGCCAUUACAAGGGUUUACCACCCCAAUCUGCACCAAAGAAAGCCCAUGCCACAGCCACAGUCGCCUAUCUCAUGCAACACGAUGUAGUAGUGACGACAUACCAGGUCCUUUCGAAAGAGAUCCAUCACGCUGUACCUCCCCCUGAUCGCAGCUCCCGGCGCCCCAAACGCCACGAGCGCCGACAUAGCCCCCUUGUCGGUAUCUCAUGGUGGAGAGUCUGCUUAGACGAAGCGCAGAUGGUGGAAAGCGGGGUCAGUCAGGCCGCCCAAGUAGCUCGAAUCAUCCCCCGGUGUAAUGCAUGGGCGAUUUCCGGAACUCCCCUUCGCAAAGAUGUCCAGGAUCUACGUGGUCUCUUGAUCUUCCUCAGAUGCGAUGCAUUUGCAAAUAACAAGGCAGUCUGGAGUCGUCUGGACAAGGCGUCAUUCAAGGGCAUUUUCAACGAGAUCUGCGUACGAAAUACGAAAGCAAGGGUUCGUGAUGACCUUCAAAUACCGCCGCAGAAACGUGUAGUCAUCACUGUUCCGUUCACAACCAUCGAGGAGCAGCACUACAAUGAGAUGAUACGCCAAAUGUGUGAUGCAUGCUGGCUCACGCCCGAAGGACAACCCAUAGACGAAGGUCGUGACGAGACCCAUCCAGACGUCGUCGAGCGCAUGCGGGAGUGGCUAGUCAGACUGCGCCAGACCUGUCUCCAUGCGAACGUAGGCCGAAAGAAUCGAAAAGCGUUGGGUGGAAAGAACGGUGCCUUACGUACCGUACACGAAGUUCUGGAGGUCAUGAUAGAGCAGAAUGACACAAAAUGGAAGGCGGAGGCUCGCGAAAUGGUCCUCUGUUUGAUCAAGAUGGGUCACAUUCAAGCAUAUGCUGGAAACUUCGCCGCUAGAGCAAAGUCGUCUCUUGAGUACUAUGAUAAAGCGCGAACAGAGGCACAGUCAUACAUUGCGAUAUGCAGAGCCGAAUUACUAGCGGAACAGCAGAAGCUGGGCCGCGCAUCUACAGCCGGCCUUCGUGAGGCUGACGAAGACGAAGAGAUGGAUGGAGACAACAUGGGCCGUAUCCCAGUUCUGCGCAAAUCGCUACGAUCUUUUCUGGAGCUUGAGCAUGCCGCUCAGUUCUUUACCGCCACGGCCUGGCAUCAGAUUAAAGGAAACCCACAACUCACGGAACCAGACUCGGAUGAUUGGCGCGAAAAAGACAAGUCUGAAACAAAUGACUACGAAGCAGCCAGGGUAAUUCGCCGUGAACUGCUGAAGGAAUCGAAGGGUAGAGCUCAGCAGCAAAUGGCUAAAGUCGAUUCCAAAAAGCCUUUCCACCAAAUAGCCACGAUCGCCGACCUUCCAGAUCUGGGAGGUAUCGAGGCGCGGAAGAUUCUCGAUACAAUGGAUAACCUCAGCGAUUAUCUAAAUGAACAAGCUCAGCUGAUACAAACAUGGCGUACGAAGAUAGUUGACAUCCUCCUAACGCGCUUGGUAGAUGAUGACGAUGACGAAGAGACGACGGGUGAAGAGUACGAUGACUCACUUCAGGCUCAGGAUGAGCUAUACGUCUACAUCACGGCUCUCCGAACCCUUGUCGCGGACCGUAAUGCUGCUGUGAACGGUCUACAAGAUACUCUUGUCGAACACGAGCUCAAGGCUGCCGAAAAGCAAGCUCUGAAGGGAGACGAGGAAGGCGAUCGAGGUCACGCGCCUCAACUUUUGCUUGAUAUUGUCAAUACAAGACGCGGACUUCAAGCGAAAUUACAAACUGGGUCUUUGAAAGGCGUUGUAUCUGGCAUCCGCUCACUGGUCACGGCUUUGCAAUGGAGGGCGGACAGUGGUGAUGCUCGCGCUUCCUUGGAGCUUGGCAUCCUCCAAAAGCAGAUCGCUGAAGUUCAAGCCAUAGUCACAGAACAAGCAAAGGCUAUCACAGAACUUGAGAAAGAGCAGGAAAUGUACCGAGGCACCAUGAACCAGCGUCUGGAGUACUAUCGACAGUUCCAACAUAUCUCCGACACCGUCGCAAAGUACAAGGAGGAGUUGGAUGAGACUUUCGACGUGCGCGAGUUCAAUAAGACAGAUCAGUUGCGAGAGAAGAAGAAGGACCUCGCUAAUGGCUUCAAGACAAAGUGCACUUAUCUAAAGCAUCUACGAACUGAAAACCAAAACGAAGCGACUGCCGAGUGUAUCAUUUGUAGGGACGAUAUUGAGAUUGGCGUCUUGACAGCUUGCGGUCACAAAUAUUGUAAAGAAUGUAUCAAUCAAUGGUGGCAGGUGCAUCGAUCCUGCCCGACUUGUAAGCAAAAGCUAUCGGGGUCCGACUUCAAGGACAUCACUUUCAAACCAACCGAGAUCAAAGCAAAGGAGGAGACGAAUGCACCUGCCAGUCCGACCCAAGCUUCUACGCCAGGCUCUUCGUCAACCACAUCCAUCUACUCCGACAUCUCUGACUCAACGAUGAAAGAGAUCAAGAUGAUCGAUCUAGAAGGUUCAUACGGCACAAAGAUCGACAUGAUUGCACGCCAUCUAAUCUGGAUCCGCAACAACGACCCCGGCGCCAAAUCAAUCAUCUUCUCCCAAUUUGGCGACUUCCUCGAAGUACUCCACGAAGCGCUCAAAAAGUGGAAGAUUGGCGCCAGCAGCAUUACCGACAAAGACGGUAUCCGAAAGUUCAAGGCAGACCCCAGUAUCGAGUGUUUGCUCCUAGAUGCCAAAACCGAUUCUUCAGGUCUGACUCUGGUAAACGCCACGUACGUCUUCCUCUGCGAACCGCUCAUCAACCCCGCAAUCGAACUCCAAGCUAUCAACCGCGUUCAUCGAAUCGGACAACAACGACCUACGACGGUUUUCAUGUACCUUGUUAGCGACACGGUUGAAGAAGCCAUCUACGACAUCUCCGUUGCCAGACGUCUCGAGCACAUGAGCAAUAACACCUCAUCCAAAGCACCUACCCGAUCCGGUUCCAUGACCCCUGCUCUAAAAGAACAGACACUCGAUGCUGCAAACUCUGCUGAGCUCCAAAACGCACCGUUUAAACAACUUCUCCGCAAGAAGGGCGAGGGUGAGAUUGUCAAGGAAGACGAUUUGUGGCAUUGUCUGUUUGGUAAACAGAGGAAAGCGGCGAAACCUGUGUUGGAAAGGGAGGUUGGACGGGAACUGAGGGCGCAGGCUGCGGAGUCGAGGGUGGCGGGGAGGGUAGUGCGGGACCGAGUGGUGCGGCGUCGAGUGAUGAUGAUGAUGAUGAUGUGA